GGAGUAUUCCUUGCCUCACAGAAUUGUACAUACAACACGCCUUUUAGUUACGACUGCUUUGUGUUUCGUUAUUCUGCUUCGAUGAGAUCUGACUCACUGUAAACACAUAAAGAGCAAACCGAAGUGAGUUUUUCUUUCGUUUAAUUCCGUCCAUGUCCUGAAAACCAAAACAAGGUUUUCCCCUUAUUUUCUUUGUUUCGCAGAGAUGAAGAGAAUGAGAGAUGAUAUUUUCUCAGCCCCUGCGCCUGCCCCUGCCUCUCAAUUUAAACGGCCCUUAACUUCGACACGUGGAGAAUCCUACGGGCAAACACAAAUCCCUGGCGGUGGUGGCGGCGGAGGUAGUGGUAAUUCGCAGAAACUAACUACCACCGACGCCUUACAAUAUCUAAAGGAAGUAAAGGACAUGUUUCAAGACCAGAAGGAAAAAUAUGACAUGUUCCUUGAAGUCAUGAAAGAUUUCAAGGCUCAAAGAACUGACACUUCCGGUGUCAUUGUAAGAGUAAAGGAGUUAUUCAAAGGUCAUAAUAACUUGAUCUUUGGAUUCAACACCUUCUUGCCCAAGGGAUAUGAAAUAACCCUAGAUGAGGAGGAGGCAGCUCCGCCAAAGAAAACUGUUGAAUUUAACCAAGCUAUCAAUUUUGUAAACAAAAUAAAGAAACGUUUCCAAAAUGAUGAACGUGUUUAUAAAUCAUUUCUAGACAUUUUGAAUAUGUACCGGAAGGAACACAAGGACAUAAAUGAGGUCUACAGUGAGGUUUCAGCUCUUUUUGAGGACCAUCAUGAUUUGCUUGAUGAGUUUGCUAGAUUUUUGCCAGAUACUUCAGCAACACCCAUGACACAUACUGUUCCAUAUGCUCGGAAUUCUAACCAGCAUUACAAUGAACGGAAUUCUACGGCACCCUCCGCACCACAAGCACAAAUAGACAAGCAGCAUCGGCGUGACAAAGUUUCCUCUUCCCAUGCUGAGUGUGACCUUAGUGUUGAUCGACCAGAGAUGGAAGAUGACAAAGGAAUGGUGAAAGUGCUCAAGGAGCAGAGAAAGCGUGCUGACAAGGAGAAUUGGGAUAGGAGAAUUCGUGAUCAGGAUGAUAGGGAGCCUGAGCAUGAUAGCAGUAGAGACUUCAGCUUGCAACCUUUUCUUGAGAAAAGGAACCCUUCCCAGAAGGUGGAAGGUUUUGGAAAUUCUAACUUUGCUGGUUAUGAUGACAAAGACAAGAUAAAGAGCAUCUACAACCAAGAAUUUGUUUUCUUUGAGAAAGUCAAGGAGAAGUUGGGAAAUGGAGAUGAUUAUCAAGCAUUCUUGAAGUGCCUUAACAUUUAUAACCAAGGGAUUAUUGAAAAGAGCGAGUUAAAAAAUUUGGUGACUGAUUUACUUGGAAAGUAUCCUGAUCUUAUGGAAGAGUUCAUUGAUCACCUGGAGUGUGAUGGGCAUAUUGAUGGGUUCCUUGCUGGUGUUACAAGCAAAAAAUCCCUGGGUAACGAUGGACAAGCAUCCAGAUCUAUGAAACUAGAGGACAAGGAAAAGGAGCAGAAGCAAAUAGACGGAGCUAAAGAGAAGGAAAAAUGCAGGGAGAAGUAUAUGGCUAAAUCCAUUCAGGAGCUUGACCUUUCUAACUGUGAACGUUGUACUCCUAGUUAUCGGUUUCUACCAGAUGACUAUCCAAUAUCUUCAGCAAGCCAGAGAUCGGAGCUUGGUGCUCAAGUGUUGAAUGAUCACUGGGUCUCUGUAACAUCAGGAAGUGAGGACUACUCUUUUAAACAUAUGCGUAGAAAUCAGUUUGAAGAAAGUUUGUUUAGAUGUGAAGACGAUAGAUUUGAGCUGGACAUGUUGUUGGAUUCUGUGAGCUCCACUACCAAACGUGCAGAAGAAUUGUUUAAUGGCAUAAACGAAAAUAAAGUAGAAACCUCAAUCCAUAUUGAAGAUCACUUUACCGCUCUAAACUUAAGGUGUAUAGAGCGGUUAUAUGGUGACCAUGGUCUUGAUGUGAUGGAAAUAUUGCGGAAAAACCCAAGUCUUGCAUUGCCUGUUAUUUUAACUCGUCUGAAGCAGAAACAAGAGGAGUGGACUAGGUGUCGUACUGAUUUUAACAAGGUUUGGGCUGAAAUUUAUGUGAAAAACCAUUACAAAUCACUAGAUCAUCGCAGCUUCUACUUCAAGCAACAAGAUUCAAAGAACUUGAGCACAAAAUCAUUGGUGGCUGAGAUCAAGGAGCUGAAAGAAAAACAGCAGAGAGAGGAUGGUGUUCUUCUUGCUUACGCCACUGGAAAAAGACAACCUUUGGUUCCAAAUUUGAAAUAUAAUUACCCAGAUAAAAAAAUUCAUGAAGACUUGUAUAUACUUGUCCAAUAUUCCUGUAAAGAGGUUUGCACAACCAAAGAACAAUUAAAUAAAGUUAUAAGACUUUGGACUAACUUCGUGGAACCAAUGCUGGGUAUUGUUUCUCAUCCUGAUGGCUCGGAGAGUUGUGAAGGUGAAGGGAAACCAAAGCAUCCUCUCAUGAAUUGUACUUCAUCAAGCAUAGCAGAAAAGGAUGGAAGUCCUAAUGCUGUUCCUGCGAUAUCAACUUUUAAGCAAGCAAAAUCACCUAGCAAUGGAGAUGAAAACAUGUUGCAAGAACUAGGAAACCUUUGCAAGCUCAGUUUGAAAAGUUCAGAUAAAUUAGCUAAGGAAGAUAGCUUAUGUGAACUUGAUCAUGUUGGUAAGGAAGAUGGAGCACUUAAUGUGCUUAGGCCAGAAAGAGAGCAGAAAGAUAAAGUUGUGACUGACAGAGCAUCUGGAUUUAACAUACAAGGAGUAGCAGAUACCAAAACAUCAUUUCUGAUAGGAUCAGAAUGUGGUCGUGAAAGGAACAGUGCUGGGGAGAUAGCAGGUUCAGGUUCAACUUUGUCUGUGCCAGGUGGCGAUGCUAUUGACCGCCAACACAAAGCUGGUAUUGAUGCUGGACCUUCUUCAGAGGGUGAGAUUGUUGUAAAAUCAGUUUUACCUGCAAAUGAAGGAGUAAGGGAUGGUGCUAAAAAUGAUAGAUGUCAUGGAGAAUCCACUGGACCAUCCAAAAUUGAGAAGGAAGAAGGCGAGUUAUCCCCUAAUGGUGAUAUUGAAGAGGAUAAUUUCGAUGCCUAUGGAGAUACUGGCUUGCAGGCUAUUGCCACAGGAAAGAAUAGUGUUGGAUGCAUGCGGCAUGGAUCUGGAAAUGAUGAGGACUUACACACUCAGGAUAUCGUAGAAGGACAUGAUGCUGAUGAUGAGGAUAGUGGAAAUGUUUCGGAGGCUCGUGAUGCUGCAUCAAGCAGCGAGUCUGCUGGUGAUGAGUGCUCCCGGGAAGAGCUUGAGGAUGAUGAAGUAGAACGUGAUGAUGCGAAAGCUGAGAGUGAAGGUGAAGCUGAGGGGAUGGUUGAUACACAGUAUAACGGAGGAGAUGCACCAUUCCCAGAACACUCUCUCAUGUCUGUUAAGCCCCUUGCAAAGCAUGUUCCAACAGAUUUAAUUAACGAGAAAAGGAGAGAUUCCUGGGUUUUCUAUGGAAAUGAUGAUUUUUAUGUGCUUUUCAGGCUUCAUCAGAUCCUCUAUGACCGUAUUUUAUCAGCAAAAGUGAAUUCAUCUGGUGCUGAAAUCAAAUGGAGAACUUCCAAGGAUGAUAGUUCUCCUGCUCCUUAUGCCAGAUUUAUGAGUGCACUAUACAGUUUACUAGAUGGAUCUGUUGAUAAUGCGAAGUUUGAGGAUGAGUGCAGAGCUAUUAUUGGAAAUCAGUCAUAUGUGUUAUUCACACUGGACAAGUUAAUAUAUAAAUUAGUCAAACAGCUCCAAACUGUUGCAACUGAUGAGAUGGCUAGUAAGCUUCUUCAAUUGUAUGAAUACGAAAUAUCCCGGGAAUCUGAAAGCUUCAAUGAUUUGGUGUAUUAUGACAACAUGCGGUUUUUCCUUCAUGAGGAGAACAUAUAUCGGUUGGAAUUUUCAUCUGCUCCAUCUGUGUUAUCCACCCAGCUGAUGGACAAUGUAACUGAGAAAUCUGAAGUGUUGGCAGUUUGCAUGGAUCCAACUUUUUCUGCAUAUUUGCAUAAUGAUUAUCUCUCUGUCUAUCCUAUAAAAAUGGAGUCGGAUGACAUUACACUGAUGAGAAACAAGCGGAAAUAUGCUGGCCUAGAUGAAUUUUCUGCCUUAAGCAUGGCCAUGGAAGGUGUUAAAAUGUUCAAUGGUUUGGAGUGUAAGGUUGCCUGCAAUUCAUGCAAGAUUUCAUAUGUCCUAGACACGGAAGAUUUCUUUUUUCAAACAAGAAGGAAAAGAAGAAAUUCACCUCAAGGAAGAUCUUUGUAUCAUGAUAAGGUUCAAGCAAGAGUACAACGCUUCCGGAGAUUCUUAUCAGCUUAAUGAAAUAAGCAAUACUUUUCAUCAGACAAGGAUGCUUUCUAUUGGAGUUAGAAGGCCUUCUUCAAGACAACAUCUUCAUAUAUUAUUUAACAUUCACGCCAACUUGUCAAAUGGAGACAUGAGAAAAGGACCUGCUCGUGGUAUCUUGUGAGGGUAUAUAAACAUUAUUAGAGCCAUUCUUGUACAUAAGGUUGAAUCAUGAUUUUGUUGAAAUUUUAUAUAAUUUAUCGUUAUUGUCUUCUUGUACACAUUACUUACCUCUGUUUUGUUUUUCCUUUUUCCCUUUGUUCCUGAAUUUAGAGUCUGGUGUUUUUUCCUAUUUAUGGAACAAAAUACCACUGUGGAAUCUGUAGGUGGGAAGAAAAUGAUCAAGUAGGGGAUAGAGAUUUUUAUUCAGAGCUUCCUGCAUUCUAGGCUUUUUGGUUUGCAGCUGGGCAUUGCCAGCGUUUUGUUAAGAGAUACAAUCUUUUGUA